AUGGUUGUACAAAAGCUACACAGCAGCCAUUUCAUUUUGGUUGGCCUUCUCAUGUGCUGCUUUGUGGAAAUAGGCACCUGUUUGGAGUUUACAGGUGCUGAGGGGCAGUGGGCAAGGUUCUCAGUUUGGAAUGCAUGUUGUGAAAGUGAAAUGAGCUUCAACAUGAAAACAAAAAGUUCCCAAGGGCUGCUGGUUUACUUCGACGAUGAGGGGUUUUGCGACUUUUUAGAACUUCUCAUACUGAACGGCAAGCUCAGCCUCCGCUUCUCCAUCUUCUGUGCCGAUCCGGCGACCGUCGUGUCGGACACGGCGGUCAACGACAGCCAGUGGCACACGGUCACAAUAAGGAGAAACUUUAAGAACACAACCCUUACAGUGGACAAUGAGAUAAAGUGGGUGGAGGUGAAGUCAAAGAGACGAGACAUGACUGUCUUCAGCCCGUUGUUUGUGGGUGGAAUACCACUGGAGUUAAGGUCCGUGCCGCUGCGCCUGACAUCAGCUGCAGUCAAGGAUCAGCUGUCUUUCACCGGAUGGAUAACCGAUAUAAAAGUCAACAACACAGAGUCUGAAAUGAUCAACAGUGAGGGGGUCCGAGUGGACAUCUGCGGGAGAGCCAACACGUGCUUAAAUGGAGGAAUCUGCACUUUAAUUAACAACAAACCAACAUGCGACUGCUCACACACAGGCUUCCAAGGGCAGGACUGCAGUGAAGAAGACAACAACACUGAAGGUCUGGCACACCUGAUGAUGGGCGACCAAGGAAAAGAAGAGUACGUUGCAACCUUCAAAGGAUCCGAGUUCUUCUGCUACGACUUGUCCUUGAACCCAAUUCAAAGCAGCAGUGAUGAAAUCACAUUGUCUUUUAAAACCCUUCAGAGGAAUGGACUAAUGCUGCACACGGGCAAAUCUGCCGAUUACGUCAACCUGGCUCUGAAAAAUGGGGCUGUGUCACUCGUCAUUAAUUUGGGGUCUGGCGCCUUUGAAGCUCUUGUGGAGCCGGUCAAUGGGAAAUUUAAUGACAAUGAUUGGCAUGAUGUCAAAGUAACAAGGAAUCUACGUCAGCACUCAGGCAUUGGACACGCUAUGGUAACGAUAUCUGUGGAUGGGAUCCUGACCACCACUGGAUAUACGCAGGAAGACUACACCAUGCUAGGCUCAGAUGACUUUUUCUAUGUUGGAGGGAGCCCUAGCACUGCUGACCUGCCUGGAUCUCCCGUUAGCAACAACUUCAUGGGUUGCCUCAAGGAGGUUGUUUAUAAGAACAACGACGUGAGACUCGAGUUGUCCAGACUGGCAAAGUUGGGUGAUCCUAAGAUGAAGAUCCAUGGCACUGUUGCCUUUAAGUGUGAAAAUGUAGCAACUCUGGAUCCCAUUACAUUUGAGACACCUGAAUCUUUUAUAAUUCUCAACAAAUGGAACGCUAAGAAGACAGGCUCCAUCUCAUUUGACUUCCGCACCACUGAGCCCAAUGGCCUUCUCCUUUUCAGCCAUGGCAAGCCCAAACAACACCCAAAGGAUUCCAAGACGCCACAAACUCUUAAGGUGGACUUCUUUGCCAUUGAAAUGCUGGACGGACAUCUGUAUCUGCUGCUAGAUAUGGGCUCAGGAACUACAAAAACCAGAGCCGUCAAUAAGAAGGUCAAUGAUGGUGAAUGGUACCAUGUGGACUUCCAGCGAGAUGGAAGAUCAGGUACCAUCUCCAUCAAUACCCUUCGUACUGCUUAUACAGCCCCUGGAGAAAGUGAGAUCCUGGACUUGGAUGACAAUCUCUACCUUGGGGGUCUGCCAGAGAACAAAAUGGGGCUGGUGUUCCCUACUGAGGUGUGGACAGCACUGCUCAACUAUGGCUAUGUGGGCUGCAUCCGAGAUUUAUUUAUUGAUGGACAGAGUAAGGAUGUCCGGCGGCUGGCAGAGGUCCAGAAGGCUGCUGGGGUCAAACCCUCGUGUUCUAAAGAGCCUCCUAAACAGUGUUUGAGCAACCCUUGUCAAAACAAUGGGAUCUGUCGAGAGGGUUGGAAUCGUUACGUGUGCGACUGCUCUGGGACUGGAUACCUUGGACGUUCCUGUGAAAGAG